UUCUCUAUCCACCUUUAUUCGUCUCCACAACGCUUCACUGCUCUUCAUCAACCGCACACUGGGAACCCUCCUCAGUCUCCUCCAAUGGCGACCUCCAAUCUCAACCCAACCCUAUCCUCUUCCUCCUUCUUCCUCCUCCUCCUCCUCCUCUCAUUCGCCGCCGGCGGUAUCGUGUUCCCUCCGACGUGCGAGAGAAUCGAGUGCCCAAGCUACAACGUGAUCGGCGUAGGCAAGGGGUUCGAGAUUCGUCAGUACCCAUGGACUGAGUGGGUGUCGACUGCUCCCAUUGAUGAUAUCUCGUUUGUCGGAGCGACGAGGACUGGGUUCUUACGGUUAUUCGACUAUAUCCAAGGAAAAAACGACUACAACGAAACAAUAGAGAUGACAGCUCCAGUGCUCACCGAGGUCUCACCUAGCGAUGGUCCCUUCUGCACAUCGUCAUUCACUGUGAGCUUCUACGUUCCUAAAAAGAACCAAGCCAACCCACCACCUGCUGAAGGUCUCCACGUACAAAGAUGGGGCUUCAAAUAUGCAGCGGUGAGGCAAUUCGGGGGAUUUGUAUCUGAUGAGAGCAUCGGAGAAGAAGCAUCAGCUCUUUACACCAGUCUUCAAGGUUCUAUUUGGGCUUUUGUUAACGAGGGGAGGAAAGAUGAUCCGAAGUCUGUUUACACUGUUGCCCAGUAUAAUUCACCCUUUGAGUUCUCUGGUAGAGUGAAUGAGAUAUGGUUCAUGUUUGAUAUGCAAGGUGUUAAACAUGUUUACGCAAACUAGAUCAUGAUUUUGUUGAGUAGUCUUAUAUGUAAGUCCUUGUAUUGAGAGAGUUAUUAGGAUAUAAACUCGAUGUUUAUGAGUAAUAAUAAUUAUGCAUGAUAUUAGUAUCAGUAA